CGUAGCGGUCACAAAUUGCUAACGUGUCAAAAAUAUAUUGUAAUUUAACGAAUAUUGCUGAAUAUAUUGCUAUAUAAAACCUUGUACAUAUAAAAUCUUUUUACACAAUGGAAAUUAAAAUUUUGUUAUUUGCGAUAUUCUCAUCGAUAAUGGCUGUUAAUAGCUUGAAACCAGGAGAGUGUGAAGUAUGUGUUAAGAUUUUGGACAGAUUUGCUGGUACUCUAACGGAUAAUAUCAAGAAAGACCAUAAGAAAAUCGAAGGGGAAUUCAAAAAAUUCUGUAAAAACAUUAAAAAAGACAAGGAAAAUCGAUUUUGCUAUUAUUUGGGCGGUUUAGAGGAAAGCGCGACAGGAAUUCUCGGCGAAAUGUCGAAACCUUUAUCGUGGUCGAUGCCCUCAGAUAAAAUUUGCGAGAAAUUGAAGAAAAAAGAUCAACAAAUAUGCGAUCUACGUUAUGAUGUUGAAAUCGACUUGAAAACUGUAGACCUUAAAAAAUUAAAGGUUAGGGAUUUGAAAAAAAUUAUCAACGACUGGGGUGAAGACUGUACAGGGUGUAUCGAAAAAAGUGAAUACAUUAAGAGGAUAGAAGAGUUAAAACCCAUUCAUACCGAACUAUAAAAUUAAAGUGAAUCUAGAUGAAUAAUUGUGUAAUGUGGUCAUUAAUUUAAUAUCAUCCAGUGUUCUUUAUUUUAUACAAACCAAAUACAUUUUUUUGUGAUUUUUGUUUGAAGCAUUUAAUUUGGGUUUUGAUUAAGUACUGAUUGAUUUUACAUGAUAUAAAGAUAAUUUAUAAUGUAUUUAUAUGAUAUUUAUAAAAAAA